UAGAGACGCCUGGUUGCCUUGGUGAUAACGGAUAACGGCUAACAUUCUGCAUCCCUGCGCUGGGGACUUCGGUCCUUCAUUUGCGUCCUGGUCUUUGACCUUUAUGGUGACACUCAAGAUUUGCAAAUUUGUAGAGGGUCUGGAAUGCACCUCCUGUUUUAGAGGGCAUGUACUAAUCCCUGCCACAAACCGUGCAAGCGCGCAAUCAACUAAAGAACUGCCCCUCCCCCAACUUAUUCCAGCGUCGUGCAUCUGCCCUCCCCGCUCUCCCGAAGCUAUUCGGGCAGUGUCCGGAGCACAUCGGAGGGGGCUAGAAUACGGCGUCCGCCUCUUCACCCCCAAUAUCGCCCGGCCUGACGCACGCGUGCUGACGGGGGAGGGGAGAGGGGAAAGCUGCUUCCGCACACCGCUCGAGGUCCGGGCUCCGGGGAGGAGAUGCCCGGCCAAGGUCCGGUGUCCGACUGGACAGAAUGCAGCUCUUCCGCAGAGCCUCCCGCAGUGGCCGGGACCGAGGGUGGCGGCGGCGGAUCAGCUGGACAUUCUUAUUAUCAGAAUUCCAAAGGUAUUGACAGAAUCAAAGAUGGACACAAAGUGAACACACACAUAGCCAAGCUGCAAGAGUUGUGGAAAACUCCUCAAAUUCAAGCAAUUCACAUCCCUAAAUCAAUGACAGAUGCGUCCUUUCUAAAGCAUCCAGACCUCACCACAGGCCAGAAGCGUUAUCUGUGUAGCAUCGCUAAGAUCUAUAACGCCAACUAUCUGCGGACAUUGAUGAAGAGGCAGUACAUGCACGUGAUCCAGCACAGCUCACAAAAGCCAGGUAUCCUCACUCAUCACAGGAGCCGCCUCGGUUCUCGUUACUCACAGAAGCAGCAUUACCCCUGCACCACAUGGCGACACCAACUGGAGAGAGUGGACUCAGGGACCCUUGACAUGGCCGCUGUACCCGCACCGGAAAUGAUCCUACAGCAUUCCCUUUGGCGACCAGUGAGAAACAAAGAAGGUUUAAAAACUGGAUAUGCAUCUAAAACAAGAUGUAAGUCACUGAAGAUUUUUAGAAAACCAGGCAAACUGUUCAUGCAAUCAGGAAGCAAGCCAACCAAGUGGUAUCAAAAUUUUGCAGAGCAACUCAGAUUAAGUCCAGAGUUGUUUCUACAAAUGAUUCUGAAUCAUACAUGAAUGAAGAAAAAAAGGAAGAAGAUUUGCUAAAUAAAUGUAUGCAAUCGAUGUCAAUUGAAGAACAAGGAGAACACCUGAUGUGAACUUGAGUCUUGUGAAUUGAUAAGGUGCCAAAGGGGGGGAGGGUUGUGAAUUGUGUCCUCUUUCUACAUUUAGGAUAGUAUUGUUACUCACCGUGAAGUCAUUAAGUAAUUUUAGUUUGUUCAGAAAUGUUUACAACAGUGUAAUUAACUGGUUGAUGUAGUUCCAUGUACUAAUGAUAUUUGUGUAACAAAAGUUAUGUGUAAUAUAUGCUUGUAUUUCUAGCUAGAUACAAUUAAAAAUUUUCUUGUCGCUUAAAA